GGGAAUGAACCUUGACCAUCCUCCCUCUGACCUCAGAAAUGGAGGAAGCUGCCCUCAAAGCCCAUUACAAAGUCUGUGACCGCCUGAAGCUGGAGAAGAAGCAGCGAAGAUGUGCAGGAGAGACCCUGGGGUGGGCAGAGACCCUCAUGGAAGCCAUAAGCAUGAGUGCCCUCGAGUGCAGUACCAGUUCCGCUUGUGAGCGGUGGAACUGCACCCUCGAAGGCCGCUACAGAGCCAGCUUGCUCAAGAGAGGUUUAAGGAAACGGCCUUCCUUUAUGCCCAUCUCUUCAGCAGGGCUGACCCAUGCCAUCGCCAAGGCCUGCAGCGCUGGGCGCAUGGAACGUUGCACCUGCGAUGGCCCUGACCUGGAGAACCGCGAGGCCUGGCAGUGGGGCGGCUGUGGAGACAACCUCAAAUACAGCAAUAAGUUUGUCAAGGAGUUCUUGGGGAAGAAAUCCAACAAGGACCUGAGAGCCAGGGUGGACUUCCACAAUAACCUGGUGGGCAUGAAGGUCAUCAAAGCUGGCGUCGAGACAACAUGCAAAUGCCAUGGUGUGUCGGGGUCGUGUACCGUGCGGACGUGUUGGCGACAGCUGUCCCCCUUCCAUGAGAUUGGGAAGCAACUGAAGCAAAAGUACGAGAUGUCGCUCAAAGUGGGCAGCACCACCAACGAGGCGACAGGCGAAGGAGACAUCUCUCCCCCAAAGAAAUCCGUCCCGGGUCACAGCGACCAGAUUCCAAGGACUACAGACCUUGUCUACAUUGAUGACUCCCCAAGUUUUUGUCUGGUGAGCAGGUAUUCACCUGGCACUUCAGGCAGGAAAUGUUACAAAGAUAAAAACUGCGAGAGCAUUUGCUGCGGCCGGGGCCACAACACCCAAAGCCGGGUGGUCACCAGGCCUUGCCAGUGUCAGGUCCGCUGGUGCUGUUAUGUGGAGUGUAAACAGUGUACCCAGCGAGAAGAGGUUUAUACCUGUAAGGACUGACGUGCUGCAACUGGAUCGCCCUUCAUGACGGGAGAUGAGAGCUUACGCCUUCGUUGUCUACUUUGUACACUAUGAAAACCACUAGAGGCCUUCUUAAACAGUCUAAAGACACUGCUACCCGUUAUCUUUCUCCUGAUUUCUUUGUACCUCAUGUCGGUCCAAAGACACCCUGUGGAGGCUGCUUAAAAUCUCCGCGCAGAUUGUAUCCCAACUUACAGAUGUGUUGUUUUGCAAGUCAUCUUCUGAUAGUGGGUGGAACCCUGUUGCCUUAUGGAGCGUAAUGCUGCUUAGACUUCUCUUGAACUGAACUGUAAGCCAUUUUGGACUGGAUUGCACCUCCCAGGAAACCUACCUGUUAGGACAUCAUUCCAUUUAUUCUGCACAGCGGCUGUGGUGUUGAACCUGGCACAGUCUCCAUGUAGACUUUUGACUUUUUAAAAAACCACUAGCUUGAGGUGUGUAUUUUAAAAAAAAUUAAAAAAAUAAACACCAAAUGGCAAUGCAAAUAUUGGAUUCCAAGUGACCAGUCAACAAAGAUAAGGGGAGGAAAGGAAGAUGGAGACGAAACUGAAACCACAACAGUGACCAAAUGCAUCAGCAUCGGGGGAUACGGAUCCUUUGGCUCCUAUUUUAAAACGAGGAUUUUACAAAUUAUGACAUCGACACCACGGCUUUUCUUCAACAACACUACUUGGAUCAGAAGUGGCUGGCUUAUUUCUGGAUAAAGUGCUCUUAUUGGUGGCGGUAGCAUUGGGUACUUCCAAAGAUGGCACUUCUUUGAUUCUCCAGUAGUAGCAAGUUCUCUAGUUUAAACUGCUGACCUGGUUUUCGAUGGAAGCUGGAUGUGUGACCUACCGUACGGUUUCCGUUUGCUUCACUGUGGCUGUGCAGCCUUCCAAGGACAAACCUAUCUUUACCACAGCUUCUUUAAAAUAAAAAAGUAGUAGCCACUUGUAUUUAAGCUAUAUUCUUGUGCGUCUACUGGGAGGGGAUGGAGUUGGUUUGUUUUGUAUUCUUGGGAACCCACAAUCCAGCUUUAACUUGGCUUUUUGACCUGCUAUCUGGAGGGUGGCAGAGAGGCACAAGAAUGGCAUGCUUUCUCUCUUUUUGAUUCAGGAUGCUGCAGACGUGGGAAGACUCCACCUGUUGUAUCUCUUUCAGAGGCCAGUUAUAACAGAUGUGAAACUCAAAGAUGGCUGGUCCCCCUCCCUCCCCGCCUCUGGUGUUUCCGUAUGGCUAUGCACGAAGGACAUUCUUUGACCUGAAAUGUUCUUGGCUUCCUCGCAGGAUGGAGCAGUCCUGAAUAUAUGCAAAUGGUUGUACCUUGCGGUUUUUAAGAAUCAAGACUGAAUAGAAACCUAUUAUUCAGUGUGGAUAGAUAUAUGCCUAAAUAUAAAUAUUGAACAUUUAUUUAUUAAGCCUUUCAGAAGGACCUUUUUACGGUUUUGAUGUGGUAUUGUGUCCAGUCCCCUCUCGAGAAUUCGCUCCCUCUUUGCCCGCACAUGUAGCUUAGUUCUUAAGUAUCUCACCAAUGUCUGUUCCCCCAGCAAAGUUGGGCAUUACUGCAGAAUGAGACAUGCUACAUUUUUCACUUUGAGGAAUAGCUGAACCACUUGUCUUAGUCCUAAUUCUUUGAAAGAAUGGGUCCAGGUUGGUGCCUUCAAGAUAGCCCCUGUUAAGUACCACAAAUAAUGUGGAGGCCAGCUGGAUAUUCUUCCUGUUUUACAUGAAGGUUAACUCGGCCACCCUCUGCAGCGAUUAGAAGCUUAUCCUGGAGAGUUUUUAAUGCCCGUGCAAUUUCCCCUCCUCGGUACAAACAACUAGAGAGUUAUUGGUCCUUGUUUCAUACUAGUGUGUAUAGCAAGAGUUCGCAAUUGAGAAGGCUGUGUGUGGUACAGUAGGGCACAUCUGCUUUUUACCAUUGGCUCCAAAGAUUGGGGAGUGGUAGGGGACAGAAUUCCCUUCUUCAAACAUUUCCUAGUUCCUUUGGAAUUCUGCUACCAAAGGCAGCUUGUAUUUAAGGCCAUUGCGAACCAGAAACUGUACAACUGACUGGGUCUUUGCCUUCCAUGGCAGAUGAUCGCAGUUGCCAGGUCCCCUUACCAUCCCGGCAGGAGGCUGGGACACUGAAGCUUCCCUUUGUUGUGUACCCAGCACGCUUCACUUCCGGUGAUGUCACUUCCAGGUGCAGGAGGAUGUGCACACUUUGCCACCAGCCAAUUUGGGCCUCAAACUGGCCCAAUUUGGUCUGUUUGAGGCCCAAAUCGGCCCACUGCAAAGUGCGUGCGUGCUUUCAGGAAGGCGGUGCAUUGUUGCGCCAUCCCCAAGGGCACGCCCAGGAGCUCCGUUUCCAUGCCUUUUUCUCCCACUGACCAGGCAAUGAUGAUCCCAUUUUGAAACUCUCAUACAUUAUAUAAGUUUAUGCAGCAAAAGAGUAUGCAUUGCUGAUUUCUUUUGUAGAAAACGGCCUCCUUUCGCUGCAACAGAUGCAGAUUUCCAAUCACUGCUAGGACAAGAAAACCCAGCUUUAGAAAAUGUGUCGGCCGUGUGUGUCAUUGCGUGUGGACCAUGACUUAACCCGGGAUUGUGUUCCAGAAGUGGCGUAAAUAAGCUGAGUGAGCAGCCAGGCCCUGCUGGUAUGAACAUCAUGUGGCACUGGAGUCCUUGAUAGAAAUUUAGGACUUUGGAAAAUAUGGGUAAAUUGAGUUGAAGUAGAAAUGGCAAAAUGCCCCGCUGGGUUGUGAAAACCGCACACUGCAAACUUACUACUAUGCAGUUUGCUCAGAAGGAAGUCUGUACUCCUUAUGGCUUACUCCCAAGAAAGCGGGCCGUAGUGGCCGUUUCCCCAUGUCUUAAACAUAGCCCCCCACUCACUGAAUGCUGGCAAC